GCCGAGAUAGGGUAACAAAAUGAACUACUGUAUGCAAGAAAUAUAUGAAGUGCACCCAGCUGCUGGUAGCAAUUGCUACAUGCAGUCCACUGAUUAUUGCACAUAUAUCGAAGAUAAUCAGGGUUACAGCAGUUGUGAUGCUCAGGUCCUGCACAGUAACAACAUAUAUAUGGAACAGGCCUGGGCGGUGAAUCAGCCUUAUACCUGUAGUUACCCUGGAAACGUGUUUAAAAGCGAGUACUCUGACAUGGACAUGGCCCUGAAUCAGUACAACCAACCUGAAUAUUUCACCGAAGAAAAACCUACUUUUUCUCAAGUGCAGUCGCCAUCGUACUCUCAGAAGAAAGGGUAUAUACCCAGUUACUUAGACAAGGAUGAGCUAUGUGUAGUAUGUGGGGACAAAGCCACCGGAUAUCAUUAUCGCUGCAUCACUUGCGAAGGUUGCAAGGGUUUUUUUAGAAGAACCAUUCAGAAAAACCUCCAUCCAACCUAUUCCUGUAAAUAUGAAGGAAAAUGUGUGAUAGACAAAGUAACAAGAAAUCAGUGCCAGGAAUGUCGCUUCAAAAAAUGUAUCUUUGUUGGCAUGGCAACAGAUUUGGUGUUGGAUGACAGCAAGCGGUUGGCAAAGAGGAAGCUGAUAGAAGAAAAUCGAGAGAAGAGACGUCGGGAGGAGCUGCAGAAAACAAUUGGGCACAAACCAGAGCCAACGGAUGAGGAAUGGGAGCUCAUCAAAAUCGUUACUGAAGCACAUGUGGCCACCAAUGCACAAGGAAGCCACUGGAAGCAGAAAAGGAAAUUUCUGCCAGAAGACAUUGGACAGGCACCAAUAGUUAACGCCCCAGAAGGUGGGAAAGUGGAUUUAGAAGCCUUCAGCCAGUUUACAAAAAUUAUCACACCAGCGAUUACAAGAGUGGUGGAUUUUGCCAAAAAGUUGCCUAUGUUUUGUGAGCUGCCAUGUGAAGACCAGAUCAUCCUUCUGAAAGGCUGCUGUAUGGAGAUAAUGUCCCUCCGAGCAGCAGUUCGCUAUGACCCAGAGAGUGAGACUUUAACGCUAAAUGGGGAGAUGGCGGUGACAAGGGGCCAGCUGAAAAAUGGGGGUCUUGGCGUAGUGUCUGAUGCCAUUUUUGACCUGGGCAUGUCUCUUUCUUCAUUUAACCUGGAUGACACCGAGGUUGCCCUUCUUCAGGCUGUUCUGCUCAUGUCAUCAGAUCGCCCAGGCCUUGUUUGCGUCGAGAGGAUAGAAAAGUGUCAAGAGGGUUUCCUCCUGGCAUUCGAACACUACAUUAAUUACAGAAAACACCACGUUUCACACUUUUGGCCAAAACUGCUGAUGAAAGUGACAGACCUGCGAAUGAUCGGAGCCUGCCAUGCCAGCCGCUUCCUGCACAUGAAGGUGGAGUGCCCCACAGAACUCUUCCCUCCGUUGUUUCUGGAGGUGUUUGAGGAUUAGAGAGACUGGAGCGGUUCUCCGCACCCCCGUCGCACUACUGGCUGUCAUUUCAUCCCGUUGCCCGGCUCUUCUCGCCUCCGUUUGUUCUUUUUCUUCUUUCAUUCUCUUGUUUCUUGAGGCGGGGUUGGGGUUUUGUUUGGGUUUUUGUUUGGGAUUGCUGGGGGGCAGUUGUAUACACAUGGAUGAAAACAUCCCUUUAAUGCGGGUACUUGUGACUAUUGCGAUUUGUUCUUCAGUCCUUUGAUGUGAA